GGGCGGGACCGAGGAGUUGUGGCUUUGAGUGGUCAUGGAUAGGACGCAAAGUUAAGAACUGGAAUGCACAUAGGAAUUGUUGUCGAUAAAGAAGGACUGGUUUCAUGGCCAGUGCUGUGCGUGCCGUUUCGGAGCUGGUUGAAGAAGCUCGCUUGAAGUUUGUGCAGGAAUUUGGAGAAGAGCCGCAACUAGCUGCAUGUGCACCUGGCAGAGUCAACCUGAUCGGAGAGCACACGGACUACAAUGACGGCUUUGUCAUGCCAAUGGCCCUGCCAAUGGUGACAGUAGUGGUUGGCAAACAAAACUCAGGUCACGAUGUUUGCAUAGUAACAUUAAAUGAGGAUGCAGACCAGCCUCGGAGAGUGGACUUCAACCUGCAGACUGAUCUGGUUUCUGGAAAACCUAGAUGGGCAAACUAUGUCAAGGGAGUUAUACACCAUUAUAGAGCUCCUCCUGUCCCAGGGUUCAGGGCGGUGAUAGUGAGCAGCGUUCCUCUUGGAGGAGGUCUGUCCAGCUCUGCUUCACUGGAGGUGGCUUUCUACUCUUUUUUACAGCAGAUCAAACCAGAUGAUGGCAAUGAAGUGGCUAAGGCAAUAGCUUGUCAGCAGGGGGAGCACUCUCAUGCCGGGGUUCCUUGUGGCAUUAUGGAUCAGUUUGUCGCUGUUCUGGGCAAAAAAGAUCACGCUCUGCUCAUUGACUGCAGAUCAAUGGAAGCCAAGCCUGUCCCUCUGUUGGAUACCAGCCUUGUCAUUUUGAUCACAAAUUCCAAUGUAAAGCACUCACUGAGUGGCAGUGAGUAUCCCACCAGACGAAGGCAGUGUGAGCAGGCUGCUGUCAGCCUGGGCAAGGUCAGCCUGCGAGAGGCUACUUUGAAGGAACUGGAAGAGGCAAAAGACCGGCUGGAUGAAGUAACUUACAAGCGAGCAUGCCAUGUAAUUGAAGAGAUACAAAGAACAGAACAGGCCGCUGAAGCCUUGAAGAGUGGAGCUUACAAAGAAGUUGGCAAACUAAUGGUAGAGAGCCACAACUCCCUCAGGGACCUGUAUGAGGUGAGCUGUCCAGAGCUGGAUGAGUUGGUGGCGGCUGCUCUGGAAGUGGAGGGAGUGUUUGGCAGCAGGAUGACCGGAGGAGGUUUUGGAGGGUGUACAGUGACCUUGCUGCAGGCCAAUGCUGUUGAUAAGACAAUCAGCCACAUCAAGGAGCAAUACAGUGGAAAUGCCACAUUCUACAUAACAACCCCAUCAGAGGGAGCCCAAGCUCUAAGUUUCAGUUCAUGAUUGCAGUUGACUCAGAAAAGAGAUUAAUAAAACAUUCCACUUGCAAAAUGUGAAGACAACCAGUUUAGUUAUGUCUUUAAUUACAUAUAAGUACAAUCAUUUUAUAUUGUUUUGUAACUUAUAGUUACGAUUGUUAUUGCUAUGAAGUUUUUUUUAGAUUACUUUUCUUUGGAACAACUCAUGAGGUCAAGUCGUUUACCAGGAUGGUAGAUAGAGCUCCUCUGGCAAGACAUUUCACCUAUUUGGCUAUGUUUAUGGCAUAGCCUAGGUGUAUAAAUGACUGUGGAUUGCUUGUGAUCUAUGUAAUAUUCUAAAUUAAAUAAAUAAAUGCACAAUUAACUGU